AUGGUUCAGGAUGCGGGAAAAGCUAGCUCUAACGCUAUUGAAUUGUGGGAACUAGGGGUUUCGAAAGAGAAGGAUGGUAUGAUGAUGGAUGCAAUAGGAUGUUACAGGAGGGCGCUGAAGAUAGACGGAAACGUUGAGAAUAAGUAUCGAGAGCUGAUACGUCAAACAUUGUCGAAUAAAGCUGGCACUACUUCAUCCUCGGUGAUGCCUGUAGUUGUAAGCAAGAAAACAACUCAAACUUCGAAAUCUCAUGAUAAUGAUGGCAACGGUGUUUUGAUGUCUGAUGACGAAAAGAUCGAGGAAUUGCCCUGCUGGCUGUUGGAGCUGCUGUCUGACGAUAUUUUGCAGCAAAUCGUACUACACAUAGUGGCAACAUCCGGAGACUCAUGGGUCAAUUUGUCAUUAACAUGCAAAAGGCUUCGAAAACUGUGUUUCGAGAGACCAGAACCGUACCGCACAUUUGCAGGACUGAUUUACCCGCUUCAGCAGUAUGACGAGGCCUCCUUGACGCUCAAUGGGCUGAGCAAUCUGCAAGUGCUCGAGCAGGCCAUUUGGGGAAGCGAUUAUAAGCGUAUGCUUCAAGAACGGGCGUACGUCAAAUUUCAGGGCUGCUACAUCAGUGUUGUCAACUAUUUAAGACACGGUGUGAACCCAGAGGGCUCGCUUUCACUGGUGAGACCCGUCCACAUGAUCACAUACUAUCGGUACCUGCGAUUUUAUCCCGACGGGACCUGUCUACGAUUGGUGUCGACGGACGAGCCGUCGUUGGUGGUCCGCCAUUUUCGACGCGAGCACGCUGUGAAACAUGCUGAGCUCUGUAAGUGGUUUUGUUCUAUCGACGACGACUUUUCAGUAUUGACGAUAAGGCGGAGCAAUGAAAAGUAUAGGUUCGAGGAAACUUUAAAAAUCUGUUCUCAUGGUCUUCGUCGUUAUCACAGACUCAAUUGGAUCCGAUCAGAAGCUUACCAAGAAAACGGUGAUCGCAUUGAUUUUUCCAUGCAAAAGGAGAAGCCAUUUUCUUUUUCCAGGGUGAACACUUAUAGACACGAGAAUGCAACUCAUAACCAUGCAUAA